GCGCCUCCUCGCUCCCGUAGCGGGCGCACCUCUCCCUCGGAGCGCGUCCCUCAGCUCCAUGAAUGGAAAUCGGCUCAGCAGGACCUGUUGGGGCCCAGCCCCUACUCAUGGUGCCCAGAAGACCUGGCUAUGGCACCAUGGGCAAACCCAUCAAACUACUGGCUAACUGUUUUCAAGUUGAAAUCCCAAAGAUUGAUGUCUACCUCUAUGAAGUAGAUAUUAAACCAGACAAAUGUCCUAGGAGAGUGAAUAGAGAAGUAGUUGACUCAAUGGUUCAGCAUUUUAAAGUCACUAUAUUUGGAGACCGUAGACCAGUUUAUGAUGGAAAGAGAAGCCUUUAUACAGCCAAUCCACUUCCUGUGGCAACAAGUGGGGUAGAUUUAGAUGUUACAUUACCAGGAGAAGGUGGGAAAGAUCGACCUUUCAAGGUAUCCAUCAAAUUUAUCUCUCGAGUGAGCUGGCACCUACUACAUGAAGUACUGACAGGACGAAGUUUGCCUGAACCACUGGAAUUAGACAAGCCCAUCAGCACUAACCCUGUCCAUGCCGUUGAUGUGGUGCUCCGACAUCUGCCCUCCAUGAAAUACACUCCUGUGGGGCGUUCCUUUUUCUCAGCUCCAGAAGGAUAUGACCACCCUCUGGGAGGGGGCAGGGAAGUAUGGUUUGGAUUCCAUCAAUCUGUUCGGCCUGCCAUGUGGAAAAUGAUGCUUAAUAUUGAUGUUUCUGCCACUGCCUUCUACAAAGCACAACCUGUAAUUCAGUUCAUGUGUGAAGUUCUUGAUAUUCAUAAUAUUGAUGAGCAACCAAGACCUCUGACUGAUUCUCAUCGGGUAAAAUUCACCAAAGAGAUAAAAGGUCUGAAGGUUGAAGUGACUCAUUGUGGAACAAUGAGGAGGAAAUACCGUGUUUGUAAUGUAACGAGAAGGCCUGCCAGUCAUCAAACUUUUCCUUUACAGUUAGAAAAUGGCCAAACCGUGGAGAGAACAGUAGCACAGUAUUUCAGAGAAAAGUAUACUCUUCAGCUGAAGUACCCACACCUUCCUUGUCUACAAGUGGGACAGGAACAGAAGCAUACCUACCUGCCACUAGAAGUAUGUAACAUUGUAGCUGGGCAGCGGUGUAUCAAGAAGCUGACUGACAAUCAGACAUCCACUAUGAUCAAGGCAACAGCACGAUCUGCACCAGAUAGGCAAGAAGAAAUUAGCAGAUUGGUUCGGAGUGCAAAUUAUGAAACAGACCCAUUUGUUCAAGAAUUCCAAUUUAAAGUUCGGGAUGAAAUGGCACAUGUAACUGGACGAGUACUUCCAGCUCCAAUGCUCCAGUAUGGAGGACGGAAUCGAACAGUAGCAACACCAAGCCAUGGAGUAUGGGACAUGCGAGGAAAACAAUUCCACACAGGAGUGGAAAUCAAAAUGUGGGCUAUAGCUUGUUUUGCCACCCAGAGGCAGUGUAGAGAAGAAAUAUUGAAGGGUUUCACGGACCAGCUGCGUAAAAUUUCCAAGGAUGCAGGGAUGCCCAUCCAAGGUCAGCCUUGUUUCUGCAAAUACGCACAGGGAGCAGACAGUGUGGAGCCCAUGUUCCGGCAUCUCAAGAACACCUACUCAGGGCUGCAGCUCAUUAUUGUCAUUCUGCCAGGGAAGACACCAGUAUAUGCGGAGGUAAAACGUGUAGGAGAUACUCUUUUGGGUAUGGCAACACAGUGUGUGCAAGUGAAGAAUGUGAUAAAGACAUCCCCUCAAACUCUCUCAAACUUGUGCCUAAAGAUAAAUGUUAAACUUGGAGGAAUCAAUAAUAUUCUUGUACCUCAUCAAAGACCUUCUGUGUUCCAGCAACCAGUGAUCUUUUUGGGAGCAGAUGUCACUCACCCACCUGCUGGUGAUGGAAAGAAGCCUUCUAUUGCUGCUGUUGUGGGUAGUAUGGAUGCCCACCCGAGCAGAUACUGUGCCACAGUAAGAGUUCAGAGACCCCGACAAGAGAUCAUACAGGACUUGGCCUCCAUGGUCCGGGAACUUCUCAUCCAGUUUUAUAAGUCAACUCGGUUCAAACCUACUCGUAUCAUCUUUUAUCGGGACGGUGUUUCAGAGGGACAGUUUAGACAGGUAUUAUAUUAUGAACUACUAGCAAUUCGAGAAGCCUGCAUCAGUUUGGAAAAAGAUUAUCAACCUGGGAUAACCUACAUUGUAGUUCAGAAGAGACAUCACACUCGAUUAUUUUGUGCUGAUAGGACAGAAAGGGUUGGAAGAAGUGGCAAUAUCCCAGCUGGAACAACUGUUGACACAGACAUUACACACCCAUAUGAGUUUGAUUUUUACCUCUGUAGCCAUGCUGGAAUACAGGGUACCAGCCGUCCUUCCCACUACCAUGUUUUAUGGGAUGAUAACUGCUUUACUGCAGAUGAACUUCAGCUGCUCACUUACCAGCUCUGUCACACCUAUGUUCGCUGUACACGAUCUGUUUCCAUACCUGCACCAGCGUAUUAUGCUCACUUGGUGGCAUUCAGAGCCAGAUAUCAUCUCGUGGACAAAGAACAUGACAGUGCUGAAGGAAGCCACGUUUCAGGACAGAGUAAUGGACGAGAUCCACAAGCUCUUGCCAAGGCUGUACAGAUUCACCAAGAUACCUUACGCACAAUGUACUUUGCUUAACAUAAGUCCAAGUGUGUCUGGGAAGAAGCACUGAAAGAUGAGUCAUUGUACAGCCUACGUUGCCAGUGAGGUUGGUUCAGUAGGGAUGCCUCUAACUGUGUAGUGGCCACCACCGUGGGAGGUCUGGUCCUUCUAUUGAUCCAAGGAAGAUUGUUUACUUCAUUGAGGAACGCAGCACAUAUUUAUGCAAUAUGAACCCAGCCAGCUGCUUUAUUGUGCAGUCUCCUGUAGGAAGUAUUACAAUUGUUUCAUUUUCACUUCUGAUAGUCUAACCCUUUUAAUGCCUUUACCUCAAGUUGCUUGGCAGCACAACUAUCUUUGCAAAAAAAAAAAAAAAAAGGAAAGAGAAGUUUAAAAAACACAUACAUGAAUGAAUAACCAGAGUAAUUGUUGACUAUUAUAUGUGUGCAAAAAAAGUGCACUCAUAUAUUAUAAAAAGAGUCUGUAUUUUUAAAUGUGUACAUGCAUACUUCAUAUGCAUACAUAUCUGGAACUAGACUCAUGACCUACAUGUGUAUCUGUGUAUAUAUUUUAUGAUUCAUUCCAGUGGGGAACUUCAUUUCUGUUUUAUUUUCCCUUUACUACCACUUAUAUCUCUCUCUAUCGCCUUCCUCAUCUACAUUUUUUCCCUUCAUGCUACUGUGACAUUCAAGUGUUUUAUACACAUAGUUUGUUUGAAUGUGACGCACAGCGAACUAGACUAGUGUUUUGAGAUUGCACACCUGUCUCCUGUCUCAGUCCUCAGCUCCGUCUUAUGUGAGUGUGUCUGCUCUUUCCUGCUGUGGACUUACAUUUCCAUGUGUGCAAUGUGUACAUAAGCAGUAGCAAUCUAAAUUAUUAUUUUCUUUAGUGAAUUUGUUAAAGCUGCUAUAAAUAUAAAACCUUGUCAGAAGUUGUAACUCAGAUAGAGAAAUCCCUUAAAGCUUUUUUUUUUUUUAAUAAAGGGCAAACAUUUUAAAAGAUUGGAAUUCUUAGGUUGAGGCCUCCAAAAUUGUGUGAAGAAAGAAAAAGAUUCUUGGGAGGAGGGGGUACUAACUUUUAUUUUUGCUAGUUUACUUACUGCCUCUCAUGUUUUAAUGUGAUUUUCAUAUAUAUAUUUUUAUAUAUAUGUGUGUAUAUAUAAACAUAUAUGUAUGCAUUUUGAAGUAUAACUUUUCUUUUAUAUUUGUUAGAAUAGUGCUUUAAAAAACAAAACUGUAUUGGCUACAUCUUCAGUCUUACAGGAAAGCUGGGUCUGUCUGACAUCCUAGCCACAGGCAGUAGGCAAAACCUCCACCUCCAUCACUUUAAAAGGGCAAAGUACUACAGCCUUAAUUUUAAAAGGAAAGUUUCUUGAUUUUUAGUUUUAAUAUGUCUUUUAAAAAAUCAUAAUGAAGCAAAAUUGAAUGAGUCUCAUCUUGAAGGUCACAGUUAUAUUUCAAUUAAGAAAUGAUAUAACAGUUUGAGAUUUAAAAGAUUAUCAAAUUAUGUGAAAAUAGAAUCAUGUUUAUUGAAGAACCAUACUGAUUAUUUUCAUUUUACUAAAAGGAAUCAGGAAAAUACAGGAUUGUACUUUUAAAAGGCUUUUGUUUUUGCUUUUGCUCACUUAUUACCAGUGUUAACUUUCUUUUUAAAAU